AAAAAUGCCUUUUAAAAAGCCUUUUUAAAAAUCAGAUGGCUUCUUGUUCUUAUGUUAUCAAGAGUUUAGGUUUUCUGUGGUAAAAUACAAACGAGCUUCAUUUUAAGUAAACUCAUUUUGCGGGAUUUUGAGUUUAAUGAGUUAUUUUAAUUAGUUUUGCAUAAUCCAGUCAUGAUUGGGCUCUAAGAAAUUGUUGCAGAAACUUUUUUAUGAAAAGAAGGGAAAGGAACUAAAAUUGAUGCUGUGCUUGCUGUGAACCAGACAUGAUACUCAGUGCUUAACUGUAUGAUUUGGUCUUAAACAGCUCUGUGAAGUAGAAAUUAUUCCAACUUCACGAGUUUAGAAAUUGAGGAACAGAGAGGUUAAAUACCUGCUUGAAGCAAAAUAGCAAAAUUUGCAAUUUGGAUAUGGAUUAAAGUAUUUUUAAAGUCCAAUACUUUGCAUUAUGUCCUGGUGUUUAAAAUUUGUUUACUAGAAAUUGUUGUAUAUCUGCAGUAUACAGGUGCAAUGUGAAUGAAAAUUACAUGUUUUGACCCUGAGUAUUUAUUGUCCGUGUGCUCCAUGACAGAUAGUUCUGUUGGGAGGAGGUUAUGAAUACCCAAAUAAUGAAAUAACAGUUGCGAACAGUGGGUGCCUUUGCUAUGCCGGUCGUGAUGGUGAAAGCUUGACGUGUAUUAAUUCAUUUAAUCCUCAUAACUCCGUGUGAGGUCUGUACUAUUAUCGCCAUUUUACAGAUUUAAAAAAAAAAAAAGCACAGGGAAGUCACGUAACUGAUAAGUGGAGGAGCUGGGAUCUAAAACUGAGGUAUUCUGGCCCCAAACCUAAGGUCUUUAGGCUGUUUGAUGUUUCCUUUUCGGUAACGAUGACCUCAAAAGCAUUACUGUGUGAGUGUUCUGGUACUUUGGGGAAAGCAGUGUCACUUUUGGAUGGGAUGACUUAGCACCUUUGCUUUGUGGAGAUGGACCUUGAGUUGAGCUUUGAAGUUGAAUAGGUUUUCCUAGGUGGAGAACCAGCAGGGUAUUGUGGGUAGAGGUCAUGACAGGAGUGAGAGGUUCAAAGAGUGCAACAUUGGUGAUUUAUAAAUGUGCCACAGAGGUAGAAAUGUCUGGAGUCUAGUCGUGGAUUCAAUGACUGCUGCAUCUGUGUCUAACUACAGCCAAGUUUGGGCUGCAGUGUAAUUAUCCAGUAGAGAAUUGUCUGAUUUUAAGAGUCUGUAACGGUGGUGGCAAACUUUGUCUAUAAAAGGCCAGAAAGUAAAUAUUUUAGGCUAAGAACAAGGGGACAAGUGGUAAAAGGUGAUCUCACUUGAGGGUGUGGAGACUUCUGACUGUGUAAGGACCAUGGAGGCUAUUGUAGGAGUUCGGGUUUUAUUUUGAUAAUGUUAGAGAAGGGAUUCCAGGUGGUUUUAAUAAUGAGUAAGUAAAGCCUAUUGAUUCUGGAGCCAAACUGUACCAGUUACUAGCUAUGAGACCUGGAUAAAUUAUUUAAACUUGCUUAGCCUCAAUUUUCUCUUAAGAAAAAUGGGGAUAAAAUAACAGAGCCUGCCCCACAAGGUUGUCAGGAAUACUAAUGAGUUAACAAGUGCUUAGAACCUUGCCUGGCACAGGGUCGGCUAUAAAAUCUGUUCGGUAUUACUAUCUGUACCUUGUGGUAUAUUCUAAAUUUUCUAUAGUAAAAUAUAUGUAAUAAAAAAUUACACGUAUAAAAUAUCAAACAAAAUUGUUAGAAAUACAAUGAGAUUAUAGGAAAUAGUAUCAGAGUUGGGAAAUUUGAAUUCAAUAUUCUUACUCCUUGAGAGUUCAGGUAGAGGUGUGAGACUGCUCCACAGUGUUCUUUGUCAGAUAUCUGUUAACUGGGGACUGCUUACGUAGACCAUGGCCCAUCUGCAAGAUAGAAAACGAGAAACUUGUUAGAGUGACUACAGUAUAUCUAAAGGUAUUGGUUUGGGAAGACUUAUCCCACCAUUGAUUAUUUUUGCCUGUUUUUGAGCUUUAGAUCAAUGGAAUCAUAUAGUAUGUUCUCUUUUGUGUCUGACUUUUACGCAUGUUUAUGGUUGUGAGAUUCUCCUCAUGUGUAGCAAAAGUUGGUUCGUUCUCAUUGCUCUGUAGGCUUCCUUUGUAUGAAAACACAACAGUUUCAUUAUUUAUUAUUAAUCUUAUAAUCAGAAUAAAACAAAUGAUUUAAGAAACAAAGAUUGAAGUUAUACCUGAAAUUGGAGGUUUUGGGUUUUGGGUUUUUUUUUUUUUUUUUUUUUUUGAGAGAGAGAGAGCAUAAAUGUGGGGGGGGGGGAGAAAGAAUUUUUUUUAAUUUUAAAGAUUUAGUUAUCUGAGGGAGAGAGACAGACAGCACUAGCGGGGGGAGGGGCAACGCACUAGAAGCCCAAGCAGAUACGGGACUCAAGUCUCAUGACUCUGAGAUCAUGACCUGAACUGAAACCAAGGGUCCAACACUCAACUGAGUGAGCCACCCGAGUGCCCCUCAGUGCCUUGCGAAAAGCAGUUAGGAAUUGUGCUCUCUUGUUCAUUUUUUCCAGCAUUUACUCUGUAGCCUUUCAGUUGUAAAGUAUUUACUUCACAAUUUAGAAUUUAUGCGUGAUCUUGAUCCUUAUAUCUAGGUGUGACAACAUAGCUCUUCAGUUUUUAAAGGUUUAUUCUAAGUCACUCCUGGAAGAGUUACUCUCAAAUUCAGCCAAGACUCCGGUUCAGUUUGAGUUGGCAUUUGGAGAACAUAUCCCUAUUAAGUUGAUGAUGGUAAUGUGCGAAGUAACUUUUUUAUGUCUUGCUUUUUAGGAGUAGGUGGUUUACCAGCCCUGGGUGAUCAGGCAAUUUCACAAAUAAACCCACCAGCAAGUUUAAAUACAAGUAGGGCCCACUCCGAGGAGGUGGAAUGCUGCUGUUGCUCAAAAAAGAUGUCUAGCGGCUCCAGUGAAGCUGAUGUGGUUUGUAUUUCAAAUAAAUCUGUCUUUGUUCUUUUCACUGUGCUCUAUUUCUUUUCUAAAUGGAAUUUAAUUUCAUUGAGUGGAAUUCAGAAAUAACUUCAUGAGCUUUGACAGUGGUCUAUAAAGCUGUGACAAACAUUCAUGUACAAGUUUUUUGUGAACUAGCAUUUCUAUCAGGUAAAUAGUCAGGAGCUGCUCUGCUAGCUCAUAGGGUUAAUUUAAGUAACUCUAUGAAAAUCUUGCCAAACAGUGCUGUUUGUUUGUUUGUGUUUGAUUGUGCUGUUGUAUAAUUCUGUCACAUUCUGCUGUUUCUUGAUUCCUGAAGGUAAGUAAAAAUACAGAUUAUUAAACUAUAUAUAAUUUGGCUUACCAGAAAAAGCAUUUCUUUACUUAAAUAAGGAUGUGGGUAUUAAUGCCACCUAAGUGCUGUGGGCAAUUCUCUGAACUUCUGUCAGCCCCAGUACCUUUUCAUUUUUGGACAUAAUGUUAACUGCCUACUGAGAAUUGCUUUCUGACAUAAGUAUGUGAAAGAAGUUUGAAAAGCACAAGGCACUAUACAUGUUGGCAUUUACCAACUUGUAUAGUGUUGGCAUAUACCAAUAUACAUGGUAAUAGAACUAAUCUAUAGCCCUUUCCAUAUUGUUUUGGUUAUCCUUUUUGAAACAAAGACUACAUAGCUUCUGUCUUUAUUUUAACAUUAUUCCUGUAGUUUAUAAUUAAUUCUUAGAACACUGUAUUUAAAUGAAAUCUAAUGCUUAUUUGUUGUAUAUUCAUUUAUUUAUAAACUGUCCUAUUAAAAAAGUUUUAAGGUGAUUAAUUUAUCAAGAAAAGUAGAUGCUUAAGUGUUUCUUCUUCUGUCCACAGAGUGGCACUGUUGGAUUAUUUAAAAAUCAAAAGCCAUGUACCCUGCUUCCUUGUUCAUGGUUAAAAAUACUUAGGUUUGCAGCAGUUCUCUUGCCAGGUUCCUAGACUAGUCUUUCAACCCUGACUUACACAAGAGGCUAAGCUCAAUAGAAAAUGGUAUCUUAAAUGUAAAUGAUAUCUUCAGAGAUCCCUUAAGUUCAGAUAAUAAGAAAACAGUUUUGCAAGUACAUCUUUUCAUGUAGUCAUAGUAUUUACAGUGGACAAAGGUCCUUUGAUAUUCACCAAUAGCUUUUGGAGCAUCUUAAAAGUGAAAUUGAAGUCCUCAGUUUUUCUUUCAGUUCUAUCUUUCAUCUUUCCUUUUAAUUUGUUAAUACAUCUUCCUUAGAUAAGAACACGAAUACCUGCUUAUGAUGAUGAUAACACUGUUCUUUAUGCAUAUGAACCAAAUACUGCAUAUGUCAAUAAUGAAACCGUGAUGUCUGACACAUCCUACAAUGAAGAACAACAAAAAACUAUUAUGGAUGUCCUCAACCAUUGUCAGGUCAUCUAUGAUGCUAUUCAAAACCUGGAUAAGAAAUUUGAUGUCAUUCAUGGAAAAGUUUCGAAAAUCCACCGCUUUCGUGUGAAAUCACUGUGGCAGAAUCGCAAGCCACUUGGAUAUGCUUAUAAAAAUUAUAAUUACCUGCUUUCCAGAAAGAUCAGAUUGCAGAAAAUGAGGAAGAAGGAACCUCCUUCUUCAUUCUCUUACCCUGAAAGUUAUAGCCCAACUAUGCCGGUGGAAAGGCCCCCAAAUGAUUCCCCGAGCAAUCCUAUAGGAUCACCCUACCAUUCAGAGGUGGGGUCCCCAGAACGGGAUCCAGAGUCAUACCUCCAGGAGCAGGAGCCGAAUCUGAGCCAGAGUCCAACACUUCCCUCCGUGUAUUCAUCACACUCAUACCAGCCAUAUUUCACACCUGAUGAUCCGAUUCAGGGCUCCUCUACCAUUGUGCCCUACUAUCCCAGCCCAGGGCCCAAUACCAGCCACAUGUUCUCACCUACUCGAGCUUGUACAGUAGCACCCGGAUCCAUUCUGGGUCAAGGUGAGCCCAGUCCGACGCAUAACCCUGAGAUGAUGACUUACCCAGCUCUAAUGGAAAAUAAGUGCCUCGGCCAUACUGCCUCAUCUCUUUGUAUCCCGCCCAACUUUGCUACAAGUUCACCAAUUGGAACUGAGCCAGGUAUCCUAAAACAAAGCUUCUCGGAUGACCCUUCAACCUGGUCUGUGGAGGAAGUGAUCCAGUUUCUGAAACAAACAGAUCCUCAGACACUCACCCCCAUCGCUGACCUUUUCAGGCAACAUGACAUUGACGGAAAGGCUCUGCUACUGCUUAAGAGUGACAUGAUGAUUAAGUACAUGGGGCUGAAGCUGGGGACAGCCGUGAAGUUGUGCCACUACAUUGAUAAGCUUAAAGAAGAAAAAUUCUUUGUCAACUGAAAACAUGUUUGUGUCAAUUUAGUGCCACUACAUUGAUAAGCUUAAAGAAGAAAAAUUCUUUGUCAACUGAAAACAUGUUUGUGUCAAUUUAGUUCUAUCUUCAUUCAGGGGAGACCAGUGCCAUCUUGGUGUAAAAUCAUUUUUCUGCCCUUAGAAGUUUUUGUUGUGUAGAAGGUUCUUCUAAAACUAUGUUCUGUCCAGAAUUUCAGAACUCCACUAUAGUUUGGUCUACUCUUUCAGAAGCCAUUUAACAUGUGAGUGUUGGAAGUUUCUUAGAUUAGGAGUUUUUUCGUUAUAUCUUUUUACUAUUUUUAUUGCAUAGUUUACAAUUGUACUUCACACAGGAAACAGAAACACCUCUAAUUUCUGUUCAUCUUUAUCUAAGGAACCAAAACAGCUGAAUCCCAAAGAGAAAAUAUCAGGGCCUGAAAAGUUCUCUAAUAAAUCCAUGGAUUUUCCUUAGAAGAAAACUUAAAGAUUCAACUAUAGAUAGCAUCUUUCUAAAAUCUUUUAUGUUUGUUACUGCAAGCUUCAAUUCAUAUUCUACCAGCUUCCCAAAAGGGAAAGCCAUAUAAAGUAUUUUCCUUUCUAUUAUUAUUUCUAUAUAUGUUGUAUUUGUUUCUAUUUAAAGAAAAAAAGGCAACCUUACAAGCUUUCUUAAAGUAUUUUUACCAAUUUUUAGAUAAAUUGUUAGAACCGUCAUUUUAUGCAAGAGAUACUUAGUUUACAACUUAACAUAUUUUACCUAAGCUUGGACAUUUCACUAGGCACUCAUUGUUCCCAUCUCUCUAUAAAGAUGCCUAUGUCCAAAUUUUUGAAAGAUAAAAUUUUAUUGUCUGUGUUCAUAAUGAUACUGUUUCAUAUUUAUAUUUUAUUCUAUAUCUGAAGUAUACACACAAGUAAGUCUUCUUUUUGAAUUUAAGGAUAGCACCUUGCACUUCACAGAGGUAAAGAUGAACUAUAUCCAGUGAGAUGUUUUUAUUCUGUUAAAAAUAUUCACAUCAUCUGCCAUCACUAGUACCUCUCAGCUGACUCUUCAGCGUUUCCAUACAGGGAAGCUCUCUGUCCUGUGCAAUGUUUCUAGUUCAUUUGCUUUCUGAGCCAUUUAUCCUACUAAACUUUGAAAACUACAUUAGCUCUGAUUUAUCAUUUUGGACUUUAUUUUAAGAAUUAGAAAAUUAGAAUGUUCAAGUGAAACCUGUUCAUUGUUUUCUUAUUUAUUACCUUUUUAUGUUAUAUAACAUUUGAUAUAAUAUUUAUAAGCUGUGAGAAUUGGUGCUAAGUGUAUGAACCAUUUGUUAUAAAUGCCAAUAAAAUGUUCACCGGGGGCAAAAAUAUACAUCUUCUUUUUCAAAAACCAAGUGUGCUUUAUAAACAACUGCAAUUCUUUACUGGGCAUAUGUGACUUAAAAGCAUCUUGUUAAAAGGUGCUUUUAUUUAUGUUACUCAUUUAUGUUGUUUCUUGUAAGACAAGAUUCUAUUUUAAACUUGAUCUUCUCUCAAAUUGUGUGAAGAUGCUGUGCCCAGUUGAACAGUCCUCAGGUGUUUAUAUGAAUACUAUGUUUUACAGUUUUCAGAUUUUAAAAUACAAUAAAGUUUUAAAACCACAAUAA